GGCAUUGUUAUCAUUCAUCUCAUUGUGUUAUGGCUUCCUUCUCUAAUGGUCUCCUUGGUACUAUCGUCAUGCUUUCUCUAAUGGCGUGCACAGCACAAGCACAGUUGUCAUCUACGUUCUACAUGACGACAUGCCCAAAUUUACAAGCAAUCGUGGCAUCAAUCAUGACUCAAGUUGUGAGGCAGGAGCCUCGAAUGGGUGCCUCCCUUGUUCGUCUCUUCUUCCAUGAUUGUUUCGUGAACGGCUGUGAUGCGUCCGUCCUCCUCGACGACACACCGACCAUGAUCGGCGAGAAGAACGCGGUGACCAACGCCAACUCCCUCCGCGGGUACGAAGUCAUCGACGACAUCAAGUCCCGCGUGGAGGCCGCCUGCAGCUCCACCGUCUCCUGCGCCGACAUCCUCGCCCUCGCCUCCCGCGACGCCGUCACCCUGCUUGGAGGGCCGUCAUGGACGGUGCCGCUGGGCCGCCGGGACGCGAGGACCGCCAGCAUCGCUGCCGCCAACGCCAGCCUCCCCCCGGUCUCUGAUGGCCUCACCAACCUCGUCGCCAGGUUCGCCGCCAAGGGUCUCAGCCUACGCGACCUCACCGCGCUCUGCGGCGCGCACACCGUAGGCGCAGCCCGGUGCGCCAACUUCCGCCCCCACGUGUACAACGACUCCAACGUCGACCCGGGCUUCGCCACGCUCAGGAAGAGGACAUGCCCGGCCGCGGGCGGCGACGACACUCUGGUUGGACUGGACGCCACGAGUCCCACCCGGUUCGACGUGAGCUACUACCGGGACUUGAUGGCGCGGCGGGGGCUGCUUCACUCCGACCAGGAGCUCUUCAACGGCGGCCCGGCGGAUGGGCUGGUGAGGUUGUACAGCACGAAUGGCGAGGCCUUCAACAGGGACUUCGCGGCGGCCAUGGUGAAGAUGGGCAGCAUCAGCCCGUUGAUAGGGUCGGCCGGGGAGAUAAGGUUGAACUGCCGGAGGGCCAACUGAUGAUGCCACAGUGCGAUCUUAUUAUGUUGGGAGUCCAAACUCGAAGCUCUAAUUAAUGGUUUCUCAAUAAAUGUGGUUAAAGAUAUAUGAGAAGUCAAUGGUUUGGGAUUUCUGAUCAAAUGUGUGUGUGGUGAUUUAAUGAAAGAUUUAUUCAUGAAAAUACUUACAACAAUGUAAUAAUUAUUUGCCAAUUUCUUCCAUGACUA